AUGUCACUACUGGAGAGGCGAACAGUUCCUCUGUGGAUCGGCAACGAGCCUGUCCUGUCGGAUAUUACUUUCCCAGUAAUCAACAGUGCCACCGGAGAGUCCGUGACGGCGCACGGCGCUACACCGGAGAUUGUUCAGAACGCUGUUGACAGUAGUUACCAUGCCUUUCAUGCGUGGAAGCGGACUAGUCCGUGGCAGCGACGGGAGCUGCUCACCAAAGCGGCCAAUCUGCUACGAGAACGUAGAGAAGAAGUGGCAGCUAUCCUACGGGUCGAGACGCCAAUUGACGAUUUUAUGAUCCAGCAGAUCAAUAUUCAGACCAGUAUCGACCUCUUGGAAGAACUAGCGGGCCAGAUCAUGCAUACCACGGGUGGUGUCAUCCAACCCAGUAAGCAAUCAGACGAUAUGCUGGCCAUGGUCUUUCGAGAGCCUCUGGGCGUUCAGGUUGGCAUUGCACCCUGGAACGCGUCAUUACUUCUUGGUAUGCGGGCGGUAGCAACACCCAUCGCUUGCGGCAAUACGGCGAUUCUCAAGGCUUCGGAGAAGUCCCCAAUGGCUCAUCACUUUAUCGGUAGGCUUUUUCACGACGCAGGCUUCCCAGCGGGUGUUCUCAACGUUAUACAACAUUCCCAGGAGGACGCUGUGCCGAUUAUCAACGCACUCAUCUCUGAUGACCGUGUACGCAAGAUCAAUUUCACAGGCAGCACGGCUGUGGGUAAGAUUAUCGCAGCCAACGCUGCUAAGCACUGCAAGCCAGUUUUGCUGGAACUAGGUGGAAAGGCCGCACAGCUUGUGCUCGCGGAUGCUGACCUCGAUAAGGCAGCACAGGCAGCUGCUAUUGGAGCUUUCACACACCACGGCCAGGUAUGCAUGUCGACGGAGCGGAUUUUUGUGAGUCAAAGUGUCAUUGACUCGUUCUCGGAUAAACUCGUCGCAAGCUCCAUAGAGGCGAGUAAGAACGUUUGUCCAGGAGCUUCGGUCGAACAUACAUCGAAGGUUAUGGCACUUCUAGAGGAUGCCUGGGCUAAGGGAGCGAAGAUUCUAGGCGGUGGAGAGGGUGCGCGUCAAGACGGCUCUUUCUUAACUCCUCUAAUCCUCGUCAAUGUAUCCCGGGAGAUGAAGAUCUGGCAUACUGAAACCUUUGCCCCAAUCGCCCUACUCAUCCCCUUCAACACAGUCGACGAAGCCGUAGCACUAGCCAAUGACACAACAUACGGCUUAAAGGCAAGCGUCUACACGGCCAAUAUACCACUAGCUAUUGAUAUUGGGCGGCGUCUUGAGAGCGGUUCAGUCCACAUCAACUCUAUGACAAUCCAUGACGAGGCGCAUAUUCCUCAUGGAGGCGUCAAGGAAAGUGGUUGGGGGCGAUUCGGGGUUCCUUGGGGAUUUGCUGAGUUUACACAGCUGAAAACUAUCACCAUCGCAGAUUCGCAUCUGGUAGGCUAGGAGGCGAAUGUGCAAGCCG